GUCAUGUGGUUUACGUCACAUGAUCUUGAGGGAAGCGCUUCGGCCAGCGGCAACAACACUGCCGAGCUACUCCCGCUGCCUCAUGUAUAUUCCCGAAAACUGUCACCUAUUUAUUAUAUAUUAUACGUCCCUUCAGGUUAUACAUCAAUGACCGAACCAAGUGGUAGUCGUCAACGGUUCACUGACGGGAAAUACGGGGCCAAAAUACGGGCCAGUGUAGUUAUUUUGGCGCUGUUAAACUUCUUCUGAACACGUCUAAAGUCAUGGCUGCAAGUGGGAACCACGAUGAUUCAGAGAGGAAUGGAGGGUCGCCCUCCACCCCUCAGUACGGGGGCGACGCCAUCGGCGACCACUGUCACCACGGGAACAGCCAUGGCCUCCACGGGUUACUCGGGGACCCGGUGGGACACUGGGUGGCGGCGGACCCAGAAGAGGAAGCCCUGCGCAGGGACCUCAAGUACUUCUUCAUGAGCCCGUGUGACAAGUACCACGCCAAGGGCCGCAAGCCCAUCAAGUUAGGGCUCCAGCUGCUCAAGAUCAUCAUCGUCACCGUGCAGCUGGUGCUGUUUGGCUUGAGUAACCAGGUGGUGGUGAGCUUCAAGGAGGAGAACACCAUGACCUUCAAGGAGCUCUUCCUCAAGGAAUACGACGAAGGCUCCAGCGACUUGGCCGUCUACACCCAGGGCGACCUCUACGACCACAUCUCCUACACCAUCGAAAAGUACCUGGACCUGGCCAACACCACGGUGGGGCGCUACGCCUACGUGUACGGCGUGGGGGUGAACGACAGCGCCCUGUCCCUCUGCCAGCAGUACUACAAGAAGGGCAGCAUCGACCCGGCCAACGACACCUUCACCAUCGACCCCCACGUCAUCACAGACUGUGUUGGGGUGAAUCCAAUGUCUGCCCCCAUUGGUCCUGGUUCUUUGAAAAACGACUACAAGAACUUCAUUCUCAAGUUUCACAAGCUCAUUAAUGUGACCAUAGAGUUUCAGCUAAAGGCCAUCAAUAUACAGACCAUCAUCAACAAUGAGAUACCUGACUGUUACACGUUUUACAUAACCAUAGUCCUGGACAACAAGGCCCACAGCGGCAAGGUCCAGAUCAGGCUGGAAAACCGGGCAGUCAUCAAGGAGUGCAAAUUCCCAAGCGUCUCGGGACAGGUGGAGAACUAUGCCCGCCUGUCCUUCGACGUGUCCGUGGUGCUGGUGUGCUUGCUGUCCCUGGUGCUGUGUGGAAGAUCCAUACUGCGGGGGAUCGUGCUGCAAAAUGAGUUCGUGGCGUUCUUCAAGAACAAUCUCAGCCGCAAGGUGUGCUGGGCCGACCGCAUGGAGUUCAUCAACGGCUGGUACAUCCUCCUCAUCGUCAGCGACUUUUUCACCAUCAUAGGCAGCUUCAUCAAGAUAGGCAUCGAAUCAAAGAACAUUUCCUCCUAUGACUUGUGUGGCAUCCUACUGGGGACCUCUACGCUCCUUGUGUGGGUCGGAGUCAUCCGCUAUCUCACCUUCUUCCAGAAGUACAAUAUCCUGAUAUUGACGCUGCGGGUGGCGUUCCCCAACGUGAUCCGGUUCUGUUGCUGCGUGGCAGUGAUCUACCUUGGCUACUGCUUCUGCGGCUGGAUCGUCUUGGGACCCUACCACGUGAAGUUCCGGACUCUGUCCAGUGUGUCCGAGUGUCUGUUCUCGCUCAUCAACGGCGACGACAUGUUCGUGACCUUCUCCGGCCUGGAGGGCAGCAGCACGCUGGUGUGGGUCUUCAGCCAGGUCUACCUCUACACCUUCAUCUCCCUCUUCAUCUACAUGGUGCUGUCGCUCUUCAUCGCCCUUAUCACCGGGGCGUACGAGACCAUCAAGCAUCAAGUCCAGGAGCCCAUGCACAUCACGGACCUCCAGGCCUUCAUCGCCGAGUGCACCGACAUGCCCAACUCCGGCAAGUUCCGUGGUGUGGAGACCUCGCCCUGCUCAAUCUUCUGCUGCUGCGACAGAGCGACGACCUAUGACGACGUCCUCCUGGUCAACUGAAGAGGACCGUUGCAGCCUCACUAGUGCCUCACUGGUGCACCCUGCUGGCCACCGUACCGAACUGCACACAGCACUACUUCUAGCCCAAACUGUCCUCUUACAUCUUCCCGGGCUGGUUGCUGUAAAACCAUCACCUCCACUCACCUGAAUCGGUUAACGUCAGUGAUGUCAAAAAAGGACCCGGGUUACCAUUGAGGAGGAAUGUGCUCUUGGAAGUGAACUCCAGACCAUAAUGAUUCGCAUUCUGUGUGAAUAUGGAUCCAGAUUUUUUAAUGAGGCCUUUGACUUUGGAGUGGAAAUUCUGCUUCUAGGACAUCCUAUAUACUAUAGUAUGGUGGCCCCAGAGGAACACGUGCACACUUUUUAUUCACACGGUCCAUGUUUUUUUCUUGUGUACUUUGUAGUGUUACUUUUCCAUGUUUUUAUUUGUAGUACUGCACAGCGCUACCAUCGCACAAAAAUACUUUUAGCAGGUUUGUUUUAAGAAACAAGAGACUCUACUUGAGAAGGUUAAAGUAGUAUAUGGUGCCAUACUAAUUUCUAUAGUCGAUUUAGAUGUUCACUAUCUCACUUUAUUGGUUCAUGCAUUCAGUCGGACCAGAUGACAAAGCAGUAGCCUACCAGACACCAUAUGCUCUCUGCUCUACUCUGCUCUACUUUACUCUGUCCUGUGUUUUAUCUUUUAGCAGUCAUGCACUUCAAUAUCCAUAUUUAAAGGGGAGGUGUGUAGAAUUGAGUGGCAUCCUAUGGAACAUACAUGGAAGAAAUGGUUUAUAACAUCCAAAUGUAUGUUUUAAUUAGUGUAUGCUCUAAUGAAAAUAUGAAUCGUUGUGUUUUUGCUUCCCUUUAUAAUGUGCCCUAUCAUAUAUACAUGGGAUGUGGGUCCUCUUCCACUGAGCUAGACACGUUGCACCUCCAUGUUUCUACAGUAGCCCAGAAAGGACAAAGCCAUGUUUUUAAAGUUUUAAUCAUACAUCUUACAUGUAAGCUAUGAUCUGUAGAUUUACAGACUAAAUAACUAAAUACAAAUAACAAAUCGAUCAAGAAAUGGCUUGGCUAUGUGAUGUCGUGGAUGAUGUCAUCAUUUUGGAAGUAGCUCCUGGCUCUUGACAGGCCAGUACCGGCCACUGUGGCCUCUCCUACUUACUGAUGAAGUGUGAGGUGUGGGGGGCUGGGUAUUCAGUUGGUUUCAGCCUCAGCAUGCUCUCCGCAAGAUUCCACUAGAUCCUUAACACAGCAACUUAACUGCCAAAUAUAGUACAGAUCAUUGCAGAUAAUAGGAGCCCAAAACUCAAACGUAUAGAAAAGGAUAGGGAUGUGGUGAACCUCAAAUUGCGGAUUGACAAUCAGAAUAAUGGCACAAACGGUCAGCAAAAAUGUGUUGGAGUCUCCACACAGAACAGCACUGUUUAUCAGUGUCUUUAACGCUGCUUUGUCUUGUGAGCAAAGCUCUUAGAUUAGUGAUGGAACAUAACAAGGUUUUUAUUUAAUCAAUGUAUUUUGUUUUCUACUGGAUCCAAUAGGUUUAAUGAAUCUAUUUAUAGUUGUGUUGCAUUAUUUUUACAAACAAAACCUUACCUGUGUAUAGCAUCAGCUGUCAUCUUGUCUCUUACUUGCAUAACCUACUUUUAUGAUCAAAGUUGGUUGUAGUAGGCUGUUUUAUGUCUGGAUGCAUUCUUAGAUGACUGGCUUUUUACUGCCUCGGAACGGUACCCAUGGGAACCUGAGGGAGAUGUGAUUUGUCCGAGCAUGGAUUGACUCUCAGACGGCUGAGUUUGAGGACAGGAGCGUAGAGAGUGAGAAGGAUGCAGAAUUACUCCCCUGCUGUCUCCUGGCUCCCUCAUGCUUUGUCCUUGGUCAUUCACAACCGCUCGGAAUCUCUUGUUCAUUCUCAUAAUGAUGUCUUGCUUGAAAUGUAGGCUAGAGCUAUAGGCCUAGGAUAGUAUAGGUUAAUAUAAAAAAGCAUUAAUAUAUAUAUAUUAUAUAUAUAUAUAUCCCAAUUACUUUGAAUUGCGAACAACAAAGAUUUGGGAAUAAGGACGUCUUCGUCUAUAAUGAUAUGAAUUUGAAGUAUUUAUAACAAUCAGUUUGGAAUAAAACGUUGGGAAUUAUUUUGUUCUUCAUUUCAACUAGUUGUUAUAAUGGCUAUCUCAGAUCUAUUGACAUGAUAGUCUUGAUAUUCUAUAAAUAUGUUUCCACCCUUGAGGCCCACACAGACCCUCUCCUGACUCAAUAUCAGUGAACACAUUUGGCAUUAUGGUUAUUAUUGUUUAACAUUUGCUCGUUCCCCAUCUGUGCCUUUUCAUCUUAUUGUGCGAUUUCAUAGCAACCAGAGAGGUUCUGUUUACCUUUUUGUGGUUCUUUUUUAUGUUGUACGUAUGUGACACACUGUAAAAACAAAUAAAAAAUAAUUUUUAAUUAGCAUUUGUAUUCAUUCUAC